UUUUCGACAAUAUUAAUUGUCUACAUUUUUGAAGAUGGCAAAAUGCAAGGAUUAUGGCUUGGCCACUGUAUUCGUCUGCCUUUGCUUAUUUGGGGUCUUUUCUGUUCCAGUAACAGCUGCUUUGAAGAAGUACCAAUUCGAUAUUCAAGUGAAGAAUGUUAGCAGGCUGUGCCAUGCCAAGCCCAUUGUCACUGUGAAUGGGAUGUUCCCAGGACCAACAAUUUAUGCUAGAGAAGGAGAUAGAGUUCUUGUUAAUGUCACCAACUAUGCGCAAUAUAACAUGUCCAUUCAUUGGCAUGGACUAAAGCAAUAUCGGAAUGGAUGGGCAGAUGGACCGGCAUAUAUCACACAGUGUCCAAUAAAGACAGGGAACAGUUACACCUACGCCUUUAACAUAACAGGGCAAAGAGGAACACUUUGGUGGCACGCUCAUAUCUUUUGGCUAAGGGCAACUGUUUAUGGUGCCAUUGUCAUCAUGCCCAAACAAGGGACUCCCUUCCCUUUUCCUCAGCCUUAUAGAGAAGCCAAUAUUCUCUUAGGAGAGUGGUGGAAUAACGAUGUUGAAGAUGCUGUUAAGCAAGGCAACAAAUUGGGUAUGCCUCCAAAUACCUCAGAUGCACAUACCAUCAAUGGGAAACCAGGACCUCUCUUCCCUUGUUCUGAAAAACAUACCUUUGCAAUGGAGGUUGAACAGGGAAAAACUUACCUUCUAAGAAUUGUCAAUGCUGCACUCAAUGACGAGCUAUUCUUCGCCAUAGCCGGUCACAACUUGACGGUGGUAGAGAUCGAUGCGGUCUAUACGAAACCAUUUACAACCGAAGCCAUACUCCUAGCACCAGGCCAGACCACAAAUGUGCUGGUGCAAACCAACCAAGUGCCUGGCAGAUACUUCAUGGCCGCUAGACCCUUCAUGGAUGCACCACUUUCCAUCGACAACAAAACCGCCACGGCGAUACUCCAAUACAAAGGCAUUCCUAACUCUGUCCUCCCACUUCUUCCCCAGCUUCCGGCACUUAAUAACACCGCUUUUGCACUCACUUAUAAUGCAAAGCUCAGAAGUCUUAACUCUCCUUCCUUCCCGGCAAAUGUACCUCUCAAUGUUGAUCGGCAUCUUUUCUAUACAAUUGGUUUGGGAAUUAACCCCUGCCCGACUUGCUUGAAUGGAACACGCCUCACUGCUUCCUUAAACAACAUCACUUUUGUGAUGCCCCAGAUUGGUCUGCUUCAAGCUCACUAUUUCAACAUCAAGGGUGUAUUCAGAACGGAUUUCCCCGACCGUCCUCCGACGCCUUUCAAUUACACCGGUGCACCUCUGACCGCCAACCUCGGCACAAAUUCAGGCACCAGAGUUAGCAAGGUUGAGUUUAAUUCCACUGUGGAGUUGAUACUUCAAGACACUAAUCUUCUGACCGUGGAGUCCCAUCCAUUCCACCUUCAUGGUUAUAACUUUUUUGUUGUUGGUACUGGAGUUGGGAAUUUUGAUCCUAGCAAAGACCCGGCCAAGUUCAACUUGGUGGAUCCACCGGAGAGAAACACCGUCGGAGUUCCCACCGGAGGAUGGGUGGCGAUAAGGUUCCGGGCUGACAAUCCGGGUGUGUGGUUCAUGCACUGUCAUUUGGAGCUGCAUACUGGCUGGGGUUUGAAGACAGCUUUUGUAGUGGAAAAUGGGAAAGACAGUGACCACUCUGUUUUGCCUCCACCUAAAGACCUUCCACCUUGUUAGCCAUCAAUGGAGCUUCUUGAAUAAUAAGGCGAAUCCUUGGCCUUUCCUUUGUAAGGAUUUCUGCAAAGUGCAGGGAUACUGAAAGUGUAAUAAUUUAAAAAAAUGAAAUUGAAAAUUUUUUUAUACCGACUAUUUUAUAAAUUAAU